CUUCACAUAAUUUCACUCCCGUGUAUGUGACGAAUUUACAUAUCAAUACUUCCACAGGAUGUUCUGAACUUCAUACAGCCACGUCAGGGAACCAUCGACGUUGACUGAUCAUGGUGUUAGACUUUUAGGAUGUACGACAGUGGUUAACUGGAUACGUCAUUUCUUCUUGGAGGCUUGUUAAUGGACCUUUGUCAUGAACCUACGUUAAUACCGGUUAAAUCUGAUGUGCAGCGCUUGUUAUGGACGUUUGUAACAAGAAUAUACGCUCAUGUGCAACGUUUAUGAUGGACGAUUCAUUCAUGACCCUUGAUAGCACAAAUCAUUGGUCAUAAUAUUAACACCGACCAACUGACGCUGAUAUGCAACAUUUAUCCUAGAUCUUUGUUAACACCCAUUCAUUCGGAUGUGUAACGCUUGCCAACCUUUGACCUUUCGCGUCAGUAUGUGACGUUUUAAGUGAUAUUUGAACGCCUAACGCUAAUCAUAAAAAGCGAAUCUGUGACACAAUGACAGAAAAAGGGAACGAAAGGACGCUAGAGUGGAGUAGUAUGGAUGAUCCGUACAGUAUCCAGCGGAUACAAGAUGAGGUGGGCUUACCCAUUCUGGUACAUGUACUGGAAGGGAUCUACAGCGUGACAGAGUCCGGUACUUUCUCCGGCGGGGACUACCUCAAACUGCACGGAUGCGAAACCUUGGAGAAAGUGGUCGCUUACCCGACCCAAGAGGAAAACGGGAAAUUUACCAAGUAUUACAGCAGGUGGAACACCCCGCUUGAAAUACCGUUGGAUUAUAGGGUGAAGGCGAGAGUGAUUCCAAAGCACGGAGAAAAUCGCGUGUACCCUGCUGUUGAGCUCCUUGUGGAAGACUUUCCAAGAUACGUCCAGGUGGGCGUGACCAUUGCGGGCAAAGAAAAGUCGGGAGCUAGUGUGCCCAUUGUCUGUGGCUCUGUACUGGAGCUUUUGAAGACGACGGCCACUGGGAAACAACGAAGUCUCCUCUGUCUUCUCGACACUAAGGAAGUCUACCUCCCGAUGGAUUGCCUCGGCCGAUUCACUAUUGUGCCUGAUUCAGAACUGUACACGAUCCGUGAAAUCGUCUCCCGAUUCCCCCUGCCCCAGUUAAUCGCACUAGAUGAUAACGGAUCGGAAACGAAGAAAUAUCUCUCCGAGCAGGCGAACAAAGCGCUGUCCAACUUGGAGAACUUCAAAGGUACGUUCGUCUUGGACUCCACAGUCUCCGAACAGGUUGUUUACGGAACUCAUCGGCUUGAGUUCCACCAUAUGAACGUUGCGCACCUCAAUCUAAGCCUGCAGGCGAUCGUUGUCAUUCCUUUCGACUCUGAGGCAACAUUCCAGAUCGCGCUAAACAGAGAGUCGUCCAUUUACACAACGGUGUUCGCGCAAAAUUAUAUGAAGACGCUGAAGACAAAGUCUCUGGUACCAAUGUGCAUCGGCCAACAGGGAAGCAAAGAGCGAACCAUCCAGCUCCCGGAAGGUUAUGACGAGAUAGUCACAGACAACAAUCAGGGCACCAUCGACCAGAGCCCCAGCGGUAGGGUCAAAUCCAAGGUUCCAGGACCCAAAACUCUGCCCAAGCCCGCCAAGCCAAUCCCCGCAAAACGUAAAGUCCUUAAACCUCCUUGUGAGAAACUGGGUACAUCCACCAAAAUGUCUGAUGACAGUGAAAGCGACACGGAUUACGAGCCUGUCACACCCGAGAAAAUUGCAGUGUUUGCUGCUCAAACCGAAACCACCAAGGAUGAUGAUGAUAUCGUUACCACCAAAGGAGAAACGCUGGACAGACCCAGGCGACCAAGUCGCUACGAAGUUGUGGAGUUGCCCCCAACUUUACCUGAUCCAGGCAGACCCGAGCGACCGGAACGUCCUGAUCGGGCAGGUGUUGUGCCGCUACCUUCACGGGCACCAAAACUCAACAAAGGGAAAAUGAUCACCAAGACUUUGUCAAGAGCUAAGGAUGUAAUCAAAGAUGUACCUGUUACUGUGAAAACUUUGGCAAAGAAGGCAUUUCCUGGAACCAAAAAAUCGGCGACCUCCAGCUCAAACUCGCUUACAUACGGCCCAAACGCGUCAACUUCAGUUCCAAACUCACCUGCUUCCGGCCCAAACUCACCUGUUUCUGGUCCAAACUCACCUACUGGCGGUCCAAACUCACCUGCUUCAGGCUCAAAUUCAAAGCUUUUGCCGGUCCUGCUAAAAGUCGUCAGUGAAGAUGAGGAGAGUGAAGCUAGUGACAGCGACGACGUUUACGAUUACCCGGAUCCUAAUAAAGAGGACUUGCGCUUUCCUCCGCUAAAGGACGCUUUACCUUUCGAUGACGCCGUGUCAGUGACAAAGAAGCAAGACGAAGAGCAAAGUUUUAAUAAUAAACCUCGACAACCCACAUACAGAAAUUUAACUGAGUACCCAAUAAAUCCAAGAAAGGGAAAUUCGUUAGACAGGCGGAAACAGCCGGAGAAUACCCAGGAUGGUGUUUCUACAACCUGUACCUUACCAUCACCAUCGAAACCGAUUCAGAGUGCCUCUAAAGUAGAGCAUCAAGCUCUCAAGCCGGUCCAGUCAGUGAAGCCACAACCCAACACCUUGGCGACCGUGGUCAAGUCCGAGCCUACGACGGUGUCUAAUACACCACCGUCCAAGAAACCAGUUGCCCCAGUGACGGCCCCCAAGCCUGUCAGACCUAAUUUAAAAGCGAUCGGUCCCAAGUUUUCCUAUUCCCGAGAAGAAAUAAUGGAAAUGAGCGUUAUAGAAAUCUUCGAAACGAUGAAAAAAAUUGGCCUGGGAGAAAAGGCCGAUAAGUUUAAAGAGAAUUGCGUCGACGGGUCAUUCCUGGUUUUGGAGAUGACGGACACGGCGUUGGCGGAAUUCGACCUCACCGAAGUGGAAUCCCUGCAGGUGAAAAGGUUCAUGAAAGACGGAAAACUUCCUAAAAUGAGCUGA